AUGGUAUACGAGAGCGCGAGGGUGCGUUGCAGCUUCGGGACAACCUCAUGGGUUCGCCUCUCCAGAGGGUACACGGAGGCCGGCCUGCUCUCGCAGGUCAUCGACGCCUUUGGCGGCGACACAAAGGGCGGCGAGAGCGUCGCCGACCUCCAGGCAAUGCUGACAGGCCUGGUGGCGAACAAGAGGUUCCUGCUCGUGGUCGACGACGUGUGGUACGGCGGGGUGUGGGAGGACAUGCUGCAGAACCCACUGGAGCGCGGCGGCCGGGGCGGCAAGGUGCUGGUCACAGCGCGGCGCGGCAGCACCGCCCGCGAGAUGGGCGCCGGCCUUGUCCACCGGGUGAAGAGGCUCAGCGCCGACGAUGUCUGGCUGCUUCUCCGCACGGCGGCGUGCGUGGCCAACGACGAGAGCCAGCUGAAGGGCGUGGGCGAAAGGCUCGUCGAGAAGUGUGGCGGCAUCCCUCUGGCCAUCAAGGCGGUCGCCGGCGUGCUGAGGACACGGGAGGCCAGCGCCGACGCGUGGGGGAAGGUGCUCGCGAGCCCCGCGUGGCUGGUGAAGGGGCUCCCGGACGACGCCAUGAGGGCGCUGUACCUGUGCUACGAUGACCUGCCGCACCACCUGAAGCAAUGCUUCCUCUACUGCUCGCUGUUCCCCCCGGGCUUCCCUGUCGAAAGGCGGGUGCUCCUGCAGCACUGGAUGGCCGAGCGCUUGGUGCAGAGUAGGAGCGGCGCCUCCAUCGAGGAGGUAGCCGAGGGGUACUACGACGAGCUCGUCGGCAGGAACCUUCUCCAGACGACGCAGGAGGACGUGCGCGGGUGCACGGUGCACGAAGCGCUGCAUGCUCUGGCGCAGCUGCUCCUGCAGGGCGAGGGCUUCACCGGCGACGUCCAGCGGCUGCCCGACGACGGCGACGCCUCGUUCAGGCCACGGCGCGUCUCGCUUCCGGGAAGAAACAUGGCUGCGGUACCAGAGUGGAUCCUGAAUUCGGAGAGGGUAAGGACGCUGCUGCUUCCCAGGAACCCACUGGCAACCGAAGGAAACAUCUUCGCGAGGCUGCAUCACCAGCUGCGAGUCCUCGACCUGAGUGAAACAGGUAUUGUGCUCAUCCCAGAGACUCUGGGGAAUAUGGUUCACCUGAGGCUCCUCAACCUGUCCCGGACAGGGAUACAGGCGAUUCCAGAGUCCAUCGGCAACCUGUGGAGCCUGAAAUUCUUGCUGCUGAGGGAGUGCAAGUCACUGCAUGCUCUGCCCAAAGGCAUGAAGCACCUGAGGGGGCUCAGAGAUCUUAACCUUGAUGGAACGACGAUCAACGCCGCCGCGUUCAGGGUAGGCCAGCUGAGAAGCCUCACCUCCCUCCGGUGCUUCGCCCUGACCAGCAAAGAGGACAGGGGCGGGUGGCCUCUGGCUGAGCUCAAGCACUUGUGCCAGCUGAGGAUACUCCAUGUGCACAAGCUCGAGAGGGCCCCCGGUCGGUCUGAGGCAGCUGAAGUGGCACUUGCCAGCAAGAUGAGCCUCAGGGAGCUCGCGCUGUCAUGCAGCGACGACACUGUGAGUCUGCCGCAGACACCAACGGCUGUCAGGAAGAUUGAGGAUGUGCUUGAAGAGCUCAACCCUCCACCGUGCCUCGAGUCGCUAAAGAUUGCCGGCUAUUUUGGGGCCAAGUUCCCCAGCUGGCUCUCAGACAUUUCCCUCCCAAAUCUUCGCCACCUCGACAUCAUCGGGUGCAACUUGUGCCAGUCCCUCCCUCCACUAGGCCUGAUGCCAGAGCUGAGAUCGUUGAGCAUUGUCGAUUCUUCAGCUCUCAUGUCAAUCGAUGCAGAGUUCAUGGGCAAAUGCCACCACCCUGAGGUACCUUUUCCAAAGCUCGAGAACCUGCGCUUGCAAGGACUACGUAAGCUUGAAACAUGGAUGGAUAUCGAGGCAGGAGCGUUGCCCUCUUUGCAGGCAAUGCAACUCGAGAGCUGCCCUGAGCUGCGAUGCCUGCCUGGCGGCCUCAGACACAUGACAUCCCUGGUGGAGCUGCGCAUAGUGGACAUGGCGAGUCUCGAGGCUGUGGAGGACAUUGCUGCACUGAGGGAAUUGAGCGUUUGGAACGCACCUGAUCUGAAGAAGGUAUCAGGCGUGCCUUCCCUUGAGGACCUUAGCAUAUCCCACUGA